AUAUCUAACCUGUACUGUCAUUUGUCGACUGAUAUAAAUUUAUAUUCAACAAACGUUCUUAUUAAUCAUCCUUCACCUGUCACUUUAAUUAACAAAAUAACUCGACAUGGCUCAAGAAGUUGAAGAAACCAUGAAACGAAUCCAAUCUCAUAAAGGUGUUGUGGGUACAAUUGUCGUAAAUUCCGAAGGUAUUCCAAUAAAAUCAACUCUUGACAACACAACGACAGUACAAUAUGCCGGAUUGAUAAGCCAGCUAUCAGAUAAAGCGCGUUCUGUCGUACGUGAUCUAGAUCCAACAAACGAUCUGACAUUUUUACGCAUUCGGAGUAAAAAGCAUGAAGUAAUGGUUGCACCUGACAAAGAAUUUAUAUUAAUUGUCGUGCAAAAUCCAGUUGAUUAACCAUCGCCUUAGUUUAUUUAUUAUUCAAAAUUAAAUAUAAAAAACAAAGAAUAAUUCACAAAUUUUACACUGAACAAUUAGUAACCAUCACUUUGAAAAAAAAAAAUAACAUUCACUAUUUAAAAUUAUUUAAAAAAUUUUCGCUAUUUUUAUUCAGCUGUGCAGUUAAUUGCACAGGAGAGUAAACCAAAAUUAUCGAGUAUCAAAUUUAUCUUGCAAUAAUUUUUCUUUGUUAUUCUAUAAUUUAAAUUUUUAAUAUAAACAAUUAUAUUUAUUGUUAGAAUAAUAAUAAUAAUAAAUAAUUUAUCUUCACCAUAAUUAUCA